UAAAUCCCUCCCGCCUCCCCCUCUCUCAGGAUCCUGACGUCAGGAGGAAGGAGUGUAUAACGUGCGAGGUGCAACAUCACACACGCCAAAUAUUUUCAAUUCAUCGAGAGCCUCCAGCAUCCCGACGAGAGGAGGGAGGGGAGAGAAGAAAAACCUCGGAGUGAGGCUGAGCGUGAAAGGACUGCUGCUCUCCGCAAGGUUGAAGUAAGAGCCAAAACUGUGAGCUCGCUCUCCCCUUCCUGUUGCCACUUUCCCCUCCAAAAGACGGAUCAUCCUGCCAGCCACGCCAUGUCGUCAGACCCAACCACCCCUCCGACAGUCCCAACUCUCCACUCCCCAAAGUCGCCUGUCUGGCCCACCUUCCCCUUUCACCGGGAGGGAAGUCGGAUCUGGGAGCGGGGCAAUCUUCUCCUCCGGGACCUGCCCAGCCCCCUCCCCACCAAAAGAACCAGAACAUACUCUGCGACGGCUCGUGCCUCCGCUGGCCCUGUCUUCAAGGGAGUCUGUAAGCAGUUCUCACGCUCCCAGGGCCACGGCUUCAUCACUCCAGAGAACGGCACAGAGGACAUAUUUGUACACGUGUCUGACAUCGAGGGGGAGUAUGUCCCCAUGGAAGGAGACGAGGUCACGUACAAAAUUUGCCCCAUUCCACCCAAGAACCAGAAGUUCCAGGCUGUGGAGGUGGUGCUCACCAACCUGGCCCCACACACAAAGCACGAGACGUGGUCCGGCCAAAUAAUCGGCUCCUAGGCUUUGGGUGGAAUCUACAUGGGCUGGCUCAGUCUGGAGGCAGAGUGGGUGUGGGGGACAAAGUCUGGGACAGCUGGUGUGGGGGGGGGAGGGGUGGGAUCACAUUUCUUGUUUGCAAAGUGACAUGUAGCCGUAUCCAUUCUGUGUCUUUUAUAAGAUUACAUUCUUGUUUGUAACUGUGUCUUCUUGAGGGCAGAGGGAGAGGCAGAGCUGCUUUGGGGCAGAUUCCCACUUUCCUACAUGUCAUGAGCUUGUGUGGCCUUUCCUCAAGGACAUGUGCAGAAGCACCUGCUUUGUGUUGGGAGAGAAGAGGUGUGAACCCAGCAGGAGUUGAUGUCAAGUUUACCCUGCUGCCUAUGCGAUCCAAACUCACCACUCUUCCCUGAUCCCAACUCCUUCAGGAAGCUCCAGAUCCCCCAUGCAGGGGGCCAGGAUAGCCAGUGUUCCAGCCCCCUAACUCCCCCAAAGCAGGCUCUAAGGAGAGCCAAGGGGAAUGAGGGGUGGACAGCAAUAUCCCCAGAGAGUGGGCAAGGAGGCACUCAUCAUUUGAGGGCCAGGGCAGCCCCACAGCAGGGCCAGUGCAACCACUUAGGCAAACUAGGUGGCCGCCUAGGGCGCCUAGUGGUUGGGGGUGCCUAAAAGCCUGCUCAGGCGAGGAGGUGAAGUGAAAGUGAGCUGGGGAGGGCCGCACAGGGGGAACUACUCCCUGCCCCAGAUCACUUCCACUCUGCCUCCUCUGCUGGGCACACCUUCCCAUGCUCUAAGUCUCCUCCAAUCAGCGUUGCAAGCCUGGGAGGGGAGGAGAAUUAGAGCGACGCCGGUGUGCUCAGCGGAGUUGGUGAAGCGGAGGUGAGCUGGGGCAGGCUUCCCAGGUGGUGUUAGCUGCUGCAGGUGGGGGGGCUCCCUGGGUGGGGUUAGCUGCGGGGUCAGGGGGUGGCUGCUGCGGAGGCCUUCUUGGGUGGGGGGCUGGGUUAGCUGCCACAGGGUGGGUGUGGUGCAAGGUGGAAGUUUCACUUAGGGUGCAAAACUUCCUUGCACCGUCCCUGCCCCACAGACUCUUAAAGAAGCAGGUAGAUUGAAAGCUCCAGUUAGGGGUUCUAGAGUCUUUCCUGGGACGCUCUCACUUGGCAAGAGAUGGAAUUUAUUCCCCUUCCCCUCCAGCCAGUGAAGGGAGAAAAGAAGCAAAAUGGCAUGUACCGCCUCCAGGUCAUUUUUAUACACCUGCCUGCUGGCUCUGAGCAGCUGCAGAGUGAACAGCUGUGCUCCAGGGGCUUUGGAUCUGGCCACUGCUCCAGUGAGGCUCAUUUGCACCCUCUUUGCCUCCCCGCUCUUUAAUUUCCCCCAAAUACUGGCAUCCUGAGCCUGGGGAGUGGACUAGUUUUUGUUUUUUUUAAGGCAAUGGAAUGUACCACUGUGCAGGGGGAUGGGGGAGUCUUUUAAAAUAUGAAUUAAGUCUCUCCCCCACAACCCUUCCCUCAGAUCUCCACACGAUUGAGAUUUGCUAAAUCUCCUUAGUGUGGAGGAAGAUGUCCUAAAAACAAUGAAGUUAGCUUUGAAAACCUCUUCCUAUUAGAGCACCAGGAGACUUCGUCUCUAAUCUGUAUAAACUCACUGUGUGGCUUUGGGCAAGUCACGUAGGCAACAGGCUUGGAAGGGAUCUCUGAUUCUUAUUUCCUGGUGCUUCAGAUUUCAGUGGCCCAAUCUGAAUCCUCUUGGAUCUGAUGUUCAGAGGUGCUGAGCAUCCAGAGUUCCCAGUCACUUCAUCUGGAGCUGUGUGUACAUGGCACGUCUGCAAAUCAGGGCCUAGGUGUCUCAGUAUAUGCUUUUCUGAACCUUAAUCUCUUUGCCUCCAUUUCCCCAUUGGGAUGAUGAACUCUGUUCUCCCUCAGUCCUACCCAUUUUGAGGCCUGCGCUUUGUAGGUCCAUUAGAAGUGCUAGUUGGUAUUUACAAUCUUACUCAUACUCCUUUAGAAAUCUUCCUCCUUCAGAUGUUCACAGGUCAAACAGUCCUGUAUAGAUGUUUGUGCGGUGUUUAUUGUUUUGUGUGUGUGUGAGAGAGACCAGGAAAAAGCAUACCAAACCAAGAAGGCAAUGGGAAUAAAUCUAGACUCUAGUUACAGAUGUGCUGUCCAGUCAUGCAGACUCACUAGAUUGUAGGCUAGAUGCUGUCUUUAAUCUUCAAGAGUGCUCCUCACUAGCUACACAGCUGGAUAAAUAGUUUCCUGCAUUAGGUUAAGUUGAUUAACUUAUUUAAGCAAUUUAAUAUAAUCUUUGCAAAUGCAAAAUGUAAGAUUUUUCUUUUUUAGGAGGCACUCUUCUGAAGUUUCUUCUAGCGUGGUACAGUCUGGUUCCUGCUCCCCCAUCUCAUACACACACAAACACCCAUGGUUUGCUCCUGUCUUUAAGUGUCCUAGUUGUUGUGGCAACUCUCUCUGUCUCUUUGACCCUGUGGAUUUCCAUGGCAUAAUUGCUGUGGUUGCUAUGGUACCAUGGUGUGCUGUAUGUACAGGUCACGCUCCUGGGACAGGAUAGGGAGGAUUGUGCCAGGGUUGACUUGGGCUUGAUGGUUGAAGAAGGAGCUCUUAAUAUCCUGAUCUCACACAGCACCAUAGAUGCUGCAGAUGGAAAAGCCCUGCUAGGUUCACCCCCCACCCGGUGAUUUCUUGUACUGAUAAUGGAUGGAUAGCAGAGCAGAGGUCUGAGCUGGUAGCUACUGCUCUAUGCUGCUCUAUGCCAGAGACCAGGGGUUGAAGAUCCCUCUGCACUUCUGCUGUGUUUAGAGGUGUUGCAGGUGAAGAAGCACUCUUCUUUGGAUGUAGCUGACCUGAGUUUUCAGCUACAGCUCCCCUCCCCUUUGCUAAUGUAAAUUCCCUUUGUGUGUGUUUGUUGCUGGCUGUGGGGCGGGAAGUGAGGGAGAUGGGAGAAGGACAUAGGUAGCAGUAUGUUCUCAGGGGUAGCAGUUCAUGGUGGGAAUGCAGCUGCCUAGGUGUACCUCCUCAGUCACUGCUUCCUCCAGUUAUAGUACAGGGGUCUCUCCAGGCACCUCCUCCUGGAGCAUACAGGGUCACUGCUACAACACAAGCUUAAUUUCUGGUCUUCCUAUAAAUAUCCUGAGUAGGCAAAUCUCCCAAUGCAGCUUGUCAGGAGCAGGGAGGGGCUCUGUGCAGGGCGUGGCUGGCAUGGGUUUGCAUACUAUGGGCAGAUUGAGGCACAUUCCAGUAUAAGCAUAUGUGUAUUGACCAGGGGUUUAGCCAGGACUGCAGCUCCGUGCACAGACACUAUCUGCUCCUUGACCUGAAUCAACCCUUUUGAAGACUCUGUAAUUGAACAUGUCCUCCUGACGACUUAUUGGGGCUGGUCCUCAGGAUGUUGGCAUUUUCCAAAGGGUUCAGCUGCUGGAGCUGAAUGGACAUUGCCCAGGCACAGCAACAAUGGUGGCAGGGGUGGGCAAAGUCAAUUUUGCUGAGUGGCAGGAUGCCCCUGGCAGUGGAGGGGCUGCCUGGUCCAGAGAGCAAAAGCACAUGUGCAUGAGCAGCACCCGUGUUAGGAGCAGUGCUGUCAAGUGGCUUUGUAUGGUGGUUAGAGGGCAGUGUUUUCCCCUCUCCUGCUUCUAUUACCAUGGGAGCAUGGGUUCUGUCAUAACUUGGAGAGGGGACACCAUCCUGCCAGGACUAUGCUGAAGCCUAAAAUGCCUGACCCUACUAUGCUUUGGAGCCUGGCCCAGUAUCCAUGCAUCGCUGAGGUAACUGGUGAGUUCAGUGGCCCAUCACGUCUAGUUGGCACACCAGCCCUCCUUUUUCCCUCUACCAAAUGGGUUCAGGCUGUGCCACUGCUACUCUAAAAGGUGCAGUGUUACACUCCCAGGAGCAAAGGGGGAAGUCCUUGUGCGUCACAAGAGCCUCACUACCCCCGCUCUGAAGCUGAACUGUUCAAGGACUGAGGGUUGUUAGAGCCCCAUCUUUCGGCCACUGAAGUCAAUGGCAAAACUUGUACUGGCGCUGUCAGGAGUGGGAUCUGGCCUAUCCCAGAGUGAUUCAUAACAGGGCUUAAUACCCUUUGGAACCCAUUGGUCUGUCAGCUCCUGCACUUGUGUGUGAGAGAGGUGGAGGAAGGAAUUCUGUAGUCUGCUCAUCUUGUGCAACACCUGCCUCAGCCCUUGAGGGCAAACUAAUCAGGGGACCAGGUUAUUCCCCACUGGAAAUUCUGUCCUGAAUACUGAGGCAGCUCUACCACAUCCUCACUGCGGUUCUUUGAUUAAACAGCAGCAGCGACCUGUCUCCUCCCCAUGGAGCAACGAAUGCCAGAAACUGCAGCUCCCUCUUGCAUCCCUCCUGGAAUGAGCAGCUGGCUUGGCCACGACAAACUCUUUGGUUCUUUUGGAAGUAAACUAAAAACUUAGAAGUGUGUUUUGUUUGUUUGUUUGUUUUUUACAACUCUGGUGUGGUUCCCACCUGUCUGACCUUGUGUUGACUUCUGUAACACUGGCAAUAAAUCAUUCAAAGUGACUUUCCCAUGA